GCGGUUUCCCAGAAUGCAUUGCCUUGCCAACGUAGACAAACUGGGGCUGAAUCGUCAACAUGGCUACCGGUGUCUGAAACCCUUGUCAUUUAUUUUAUUAAACGAACCGAACAUUUAAUUAAAAACGAAUUUUGACAACACAACCAAAGAAAUAUAACUUACUCAAAUAGGACAACAGAGAGAUUUGUAAGUAACUGAUAUCUCAAGUCAACGAUUGCUAAUCGUCACCAAUUCUCUUCAGCUAGGCGAAAUGGCUAGUCCAAGGAGCAGGCGAGUGCUGAAGGAAGUGAGAACAGACGAUGGGAACAAUAUUUGUUUUGAAUGUGGUGCAUUCAACCCGCAAUGGGUGAGUGUGACCUAUGGAAUAUGGAUCUGUCUGGAGUGCUCUGGGAAGCAUCGUGGCCUUGGAGUUCAUCUCAGUUUUGUUCGCUCUGUGUCUAUGGACAAAUGGAAGGACAUAGAGCUGGAGAAGAUGAAAUCUGGAGGUAAUGCGAAAUUCCGGCUGUUUCUGGAGUUGCAGGAUGAUUAUGAUCCCAACUGGAACAUGCAGGAGAAGUACAACAGCAAACCUGCAGCCCUGUUCAGAGAUAAGGUUGCCACUCUGGCAGAGGGAAAGGAAUGGUCCCUUGAGAAUAGCUCUGCCAAAGACUGGACCCCACCGCAACCCAAGAUGGGACUCUCCUCCUCACACCGCUCUGCUGGCCAGGGGAAUACCUCUGGCAACCCCUCUGACAGAGCCUUUGAGGACUGGCUGAGUGAUGAUGUCAACUCGUACCAAGGUGGAGGUGGUUAUAGUGGCCAGGACAACCGCUACGUUGGCUUUGGCAAUACAGUCAACCCCCCCAAGAGGGAUGAGGAUUUCGUGAACAAUGCCUUGUCCUCAAUUUAUACGGGCUGGAGCAGUUUCACAGUUGGUGCCAGCAAGUUUGCAUGUGUUGCCAAGGACAAUACUGUGAAACUUGCCAGCCAAGCAACUCUGAAGGCAUCAGAGUUAGGCCAGACAUUAAAUGAGAAUGUUAUCAAACCUACCCAAGAAAAGGUAAAAGAGGGAAAGUUGCUUGAUGAAAUGGCUGUGGGCAUCUCUGGUUUGGCUUCAAAGGUCCAGGAUGCAGGCGCUAAAGGCUGGAAGGACGUGACUCAGUAUUUCGGCAGCAAACCAGAGGACUUAGCCGACGGAUGUCAAGGAGAGGGCUAUCAGACCAUGGACCCAUCGGCGGGCUACCAGAACAGCGGCGGCGCUGAGAACGAGGGCUGGGAGACUUUCGGCAGCGUCGCCAAGCCCAAGAAGUCGCCCAGCAGCGACAGCUGGACCAUCGCCGACAACUCGGCCGGCAAGAAGAGCUCCGACAGCUGGGACAACUGGGGCUCGGAGGGCCAGGCCAACAACAAGCACAGCACCGGCGACAGCUGGGAGACCUGGGACACCAACUGGGAUAGCGCUGGCGAGAACAAGGCCAAGAAGAGUCCCGCCAAGCCAGCGGAGGAGUCUUGGGACAAUGCCGACUGGUAGAGAGGAAGCUUUGCCGGAGGGCCGUGUAGUCUUUGCCGUGAAGGUGGGGUGCAGUCAUGUUGACAGACAUACCAAUUGUGUCAGAUGUGUGAGAUUUUUUUUGUUUCUUUUAUUUUCUUAGUGUGAUUUUUGAACGCCACAAAAGUGAAAGGUUAUUUUGGAAUCAUGUAAUCUGUCAAAGAUCCCCCCACCCCCCCUCUGUGUUUGCAGAUUGCCUUUCUCUAAUGAAGGCAUUAGCUAUGACUUAAUUCACUCCCCAAAGGUACUGAUAGCAACACUGCUGGGUUGCAGUAAUUUGUACUUUGUUUUUCUUUCACAUGUCAGUGUUUCCUUUCAACGCUGCAGCCAGACUGCUGUGUUUUUUUUUCAUCAGCAUCUCAAACCAGCAACAUGUGGGCCAGUUUCUGCCUUUGAAGUCUUCAGUUAACCUGUCACAUAUUUUUAAAAUAUAUUUUUCUUCGUGUUUUGUUUAUUUUCAACCCUAGUUUUUUGUGGUGUUUUUCAUCAGCUUUCUCUUAAAUCUUAUUUUUUUUGUACCUUUGUGUCUUGACGGCAUCCGACCUUUCUCUGAUGAAUCUAAAUUGUAUCAGUAGUGUUGUUUUCAGUGUAGUUGUUCUGCGCUCAUUUGAUGUUAUUCAUCUACAAUUUUGCACCAUCUCAUCUCAAGCCUCAUCUCUUUCGGGGGGAAAAGUCAUAUUACAGUCCUGCAGAGGCUGUAGAAUCCAUUUGAAGUAUGCUACUGACUUCAAAGGAAAAGAAGCAGACAACCAAGCAACAUAAAAGGGAGGUUGGAGGGGGGGGACAACAUGCAUCUUAUCCCUACGUGAUCCACCUGGUUUGACUUUAAAGUCUAUACCCACUAAAGACUCACCCAGAGCCAGAGAUUUGUUCAGUACAUGUUGUGAACAAAUGUGUGUGUCUGUGUCUGUGUUUGUGUCUGUGUCUGUGUCUGUGUCUGUGUCUGUGUCUGUGUCUGUGUGUGUGUGUGUGUGUGUGUGUGUGUGUGUGUGUGUGUGUGUGGGGUAUGAUUGUGUGUUUAUUUAUGUACAUCACCUGUUUGCUGAGAUGCAGACGUACAGACCUCAGCCCAUGCUCUCCCCUGUGACUGAUGCAUGCAUAUAUCGCCAAAAGAACUACCACGGUGAUCUUUUCUGACCUCAGCAUUCGACCACCCUUGUCUGUCAGUUCAAGUUCACACAGUGCUUUGUGUCUCAGGGUGAAAUGUGAUCUGAGAUGCUUAUGCAACAACAACACUCAUUUCAGUCUUGGGCCGGCAUGAUGACCAGUGUUUUUUUUCUUGUUCUGUGCAGUACAUGGUCCAAUAAGAGAGGUGUUUCAUAUUUGAAAAUGCCUUUCUGUCUAGUAUGUCAUUGUCAGUGUCAUUUACCUACUCUUGCUCUUGGGAAAAUGAGCUGAGGGAAUAUUCUGAAAUGUUUGAAAGAAUAACUGAAGGCACCUUUUUUUUUUUUAAGGUGUUAACACAGCAUUUUGGGGGCAAUGUUGCAAGUGUGAUUUGUACAUAUUCGUCCAAGCGGAUGAAUUGUGCAUCGCUAACUGCCAUGCUUUUUAAAGCAUCACCUGUUGAGCCCCUUUGCUCCGAGUGAAGCCUGUGGUACUGUCUGUUCAGAGUCGUUGCAUGUUUUUACAACCGUUGGGUCGAUGUGCGUCUGUCAAGUCUCAGACAAGAGUCAGCGUGACCACAUGCCCCUUAAUAUUCCCCCUCUUUGUUUCUGGUGUGUAGAUGAUGUCAUGGGGUAGUAUGCGGUCGUCUGCAUGUGGUCAUCAGGUGCGCUAGACUGACACACCACUAGAAAUGCAUGCGUGUUCCAAAAAAAAAAAUAGAUACAGUUAAAUGAUAAAAAUGGAAUUAAUGUGUAAAAUCAGGUGCAUUGUUUGGAGACUAUUGAAAACUGAAAUAUUGUGCAAUGCUCGUAUUGUGCAUCCUGUACCCCUGAGUUGAACUGUUUAAUACAGUACGUUAUACAGGGCCUUAAAGAGCUGCUGUUGUCAUACUUUGCAAAACGGACAGCUUGGCUGAGUCUGCGAGUCAGUGUGCGCGUGUGCGUAUGUGUGCGCGUGUGCAAGUAUGUUGCUUAUUUGCUAUGAAUAUUUGUUGGAUGACGUCUAGAAAUACUGUAACUGACGAAAUUACCAAACUCAGUCAGUUGAUGUGCUGUUUUAAUUUCCUCUCAUUCUCGAAUAUGUAAACAGUGCUGGUUCUUUUAUACUGUAUUUUUUAUUUUCUGAAGUAUAUCACAUAUUUAUAUAAAUAAUUAAAGGACAAUAACAUAGCUCAUUGUGAUGUAACCUUUAACCCUAAGUCUGCAGAUUUGCGUCUGGAAAGAGAUCAUUGAAUGCUUAAUUUUCACUCUGUCUAUAACAUAAAAGUAAAAAAUAUUGUUAAUUAACUACGUUUUUAACAAACAACCAGCUGGAGUAUUGUAUGGUGUGUUGUUAACUUGCGAACAUUUAAUAUUUCUGUGUUCUCACAAUUAUCCACGUGCUGUCAUUGUACAUUUGAUCCAUUUAAAUAUCUUGAAAUAAAUGCUAUUUUUGGAUGUAAACAUAAUGAUGAAAAAAAAAACGAUGAUGAAAAAACGAAUAACGCAUUUAAUAGUGUACCUAAGUACGCCUAUGUUUUAUGUUAAGGUAUUUAUGUGAUGGUAUGCUGCUGUGUAUGCAUCUGCCCUCCCCCCCCCCCCCCCUUCAUUUUUAGCAACAGCACCGUGGCUUGGUGGAACUGAAAAUACCUGUGUGUUUGGGUGUGCAACUUCUCAUUCCGCAAAAACCCGUCUGAAAGUUUUGUUGUAUAAAGCAGGCUACACAAGAGUUAUUGCUGUGUCAUUGAAGUUCAUACAUUAUAUGUCGUCGGGGAAAAUAAAGAAAUGUAUAUGAAUUA